UGUCGCCAGUGCUGUCCCGCGAGCGCGAGGUCUCUCUUUCCCGGCAGAAGAAGCAGCACCGUACGACAGCAGAGACAUGGACAAACUCAUUCAUCUGAUCUUACUCUCUGUUCUUGUUUCCAUUCCGGGUAGUUUAGAAGAGAAUAUAGCACGGAAAGGAACAGCGACACAGUCAUCCACAUAUAGUACCUGGGCAGCUCCACAUGCCAUAGAUGGUGUCAGACAUGGACCAGACCCAGAUGAUGUUAUAUACUGCUCUGCUACAGCAUCUCAGAGUAACCCAUGGUGGAGGUUGGAUCUUCUGGAUGUUUAUGGCAUUAAAACAGUGAUCAUCACUGCUAGAUCAGACGGAGCUUUGAGUCAAACGAACGGAGCAGAGAUUCGUAUUGGAAACUCACUGGAGAACAAUGGAAACAACAAUCCCAUAUGUGCUGUAACUUCUGGUUUUCUAGCUGGUAAUACUGUGAGCUACUCAUGUGGUGUAAUGGUGGGACGUUAUGUGAAUGUGGUCAUGACUGGACGUACAUCUGUUCUCGCUCUAUGUGAAGUGGAGGUCUAUGAAUCAGAGAAUUUGGCCUUUAAAGGAAAUGCUACAAAAUCAUCCCCAUUUAACAUCUGGCUAGCUGCAAAUGCCAUCGAUGGUAAAAGAUAUGGCUCUCCUCUAUCCUCAGUCUGCUCUGCCACAGACUAUAAAAGUAAUCCAUGGUGGAGGUUGGAUCUCCAGGAUGUUUAUUAUAUUACUACAGUGAUCAUCACUGUUAGACCAGACUGCUGUCCUGAUCAAACCAACGGAGCAGAGAUUCUUGUUGGAAACUCACUGGAAAACAAUGGAAACAACAAUUCGAGGUGAAGUUUUACAUUUGAUCUGUUAAAUGUCUCCAUAGAGAUUGAAUGAAUUCAACACUUUUAGAAAGAGAAACAAGUUUGUUACAUUCUCCCCUCGAUAAUGAAUGUUUAGUUUUAUGUAAUAUCG